CAAGAGGAGCAGAGACACGCAGACCGGGAGGAACGAGCCGCAGAUCCAGGACGAGCUGCCGAGGAAGACCCGAGGCAGUGAACCAGAAACACACGAAGAAAAAAACGGGAUCACUUGAUAAUACCGGCAUACCCCUCCACACACCCAGAAACACACACACAGGCACACAGACGGUGACGGUGCGGGAUCCAGGAGCGUCAGACACACCGGUGCGUAAAGUUGCCCCCGCGCUCGCUCUGAGGACAUAACCCGGGAGGUUCUGGUGGGAUCGUGGUGUUCCUGGGCUACGGGUCGGAUCUGGAUUGUACAGCCCAUCAUAAAGUCUUUGUCUGUGGAUGGUAAGGCUUCACGCGGAGCUCUGCCCGGACUCACUGUGAACGUGCCACAAGCGCGUGGGAGAAAUGGAUCUGCUUUUGCUAUAGCCAAGAUUUGCCGCGGUUUUUUAAAGUAUUCCUUCUUCCUCUUCUGACUGUCUGUUGUUUGUUGCUGUCAGAUUUUUCACUGCUGGACGAGCGCAGAGAUUUCAGGACUCCUCGUGCGUUGUUACAACCAUGAACUGUGUUUUCACUUUGGUACAAAUCCUUUUGGCAGCGGUUCACCUAUCCACUGUAAAGACCGCCAGCAUUAACAAAGGAUUGGACAAGAGCAAGAAUGAGGUCAUUCCUCUCACUGAGGUCAUCACGAAGAGCAUGUGUCAGCCCCGCGAGCUGCUGGUCGACAUCUUCACGGAGUACCCAGAGGACACAGAGCACACGUAUGUCCCGUCCUGCGUCGUUCUCAGCCGCUGCGGGGGCUGCUGCAACGACGAGGCCAUGGAGUGUGUUCCCACGGAAACACAAAACGUCACACUUCAGGUGAUGCGCUUAAGACCGAUGGUGACGCAACACACCAUACAACUCAGCUUCACGGAACAUCAGAAGUGUGAAUGCAGACUGAAGUCAGACAUCCUUGUAAAGAAAGAAUACCACUGUGUGCCUUGCUCAGAGAGGAGGAAGCGCUUGUUUUUGCAGGAUCCUCUCACCUGUAAAUGUUCCUGCAAAUUCACACAGUUAGACUGCAAGUCACGGCAGCUUGAGUUAAACGAGAGAACUUGCAGAUGUGAGCGCCCCCGGAGGUGAGACCGCCACACUGUAAUGAAGGAACCUUUUCUCUGCACAGCACUUUGAAAUGUGACGAUGCAUUCCUGCAAAGACACAAAACGAGGACGAGAGAGAGACUGUGAGGACUCUCUGCUGUCUGAACAUUUUAAUAUUUAUGUAUAUAUACACCGACAAUGUGUACCGCUGCUACCACAACACCACUAUUUAAAGCCAACGAGUGCGCCGCCCGCCGGCGUGUGAACGGAAACUGUUCAUCUAUGGAAGAAAUAUUUUAUUUAGUGUAACUGUUCACUGGAUGCUGGACGCUGCAGGGAGCAAAGAUACUUCCCAACAAAGAGACACUCCAUGCAGCUGAAGACGACACGCCUCCCAUACCUGA